AUGGAAACCGAAUCAUGCAAUUCAGUGCUUCCAAGACCUCAGGUUAAUGCCACAUUUCGCCUCGGUGCAGAAUCAUAUUCUGUUCAGGCAACCAAUGGCUCUUUGUUAUCAGAGCAAUUAGUUAACCUGAAAGAGCAAAGCAUGGCUGUAUUGAAGGAUUUCAUAACAAAGCAUAAUGUUCCUCAAGAUGUUCCCGACGAGUCGUUAGAAGCUUCUUCAGACGAUGAUGAUGAGGAUGCUAAGAAGCCUCAAGUAAAGUCUAAGAAAACUAAGUUUACUUAG